AUGGCUCAGGAACAGGACUGGAAUGCCGCCAAAGUGCGCCAGACCUACAUUGACUUUUUCGUGGAGAAGAAGGAGCACGUGUUCUGGCCUUCAUCCUCCUCGGUCCCCCACGAUGACCCCACGCUGCUCUUUUGCAAUGCUGGCAUGAACCAGUUCAAGAAGGUCUUCCAAGGCACCGUUGACCCCAACAGCGACAUGGCCAAAGUCUCUCGUACCGUGAACAGCCAAAAGUGCAUCCGCGCCGGUGGCAAGCACAAUGAUCUCGACGAUGUGGGUAAGGACACGUACCAUCAUACCUUUUUCGAGAUGUUGGGCAACUGGUCCUUCGGCGACUACUUCAAGGCGGAAGCCAUUCAGUGGUCGUUUGAGCUCUUGACUGAGGUGUAUGGCCUUUCUGCUGAUCGCCUGUACGCCACCUAUUUCGAGGGUGACACCGAACAAAACAUCCCCGAGGAUGUUGAGGCCAAGGAGUUGUGGCUCAAGCUCCUGCCGGCUGAUCACGUGCUGCCCGGCAACAAGAAGGAUAACUUCUGGGAGAUGGGUGCGACUGGCCCCUGUGGCCCGUGCUCUGAGUUGCACUACGACCGCAUCGGUGGCCGUAAUGCUGCCUCGCUCGUCAACCAGGAUGAUCCAGAUGUUUUGGAAAUCUGGAACCUUGUGUUUAUGCAGUUCAACCGCGAACCUGAUGCCUCGCUGCGUCUGUUGCCGGCCCGCCACAUUGACACGGGCAUGGGCCUUGAGCGCCUCGUCUCCGUCCUCCAGGACAAGCGCAGCAACUACGACACUGACGUCUUCCAGCCCUACUUUGACGUCAUCCAACAAGUUUGCGGCUGCCGCCCCUACGCUGGUAAGGUCGGCAAAGAGGACGAUGGCAUCGACACGGCCUACCGUGUGCUGGCCGAUCACAUCCGCACCCUGACCAUCUCCAUUUCCGAUGGCGGUGAACCCGACAACACCGGUCGCGGCUAUGUGCUGCGCCUGAUCAUCCGCCGUGCUGUUCGCUUUGCGGAGGACUACCUCAAGGCCCCCGAGUACUUUUUCUCUUCCCUUGUACCCACCGUUGUGGAGCAGCUUGGCGAUGCCUUCCCCGAGAUCAAGCGCGAUCCCGAACACGUCAUUGAGGUGCUCAAGGCCGAGGAGAAGCAGUUCCGCCGCACCCUGAACCGUGGUCGUCGGCUCUUCCAACGCGCUGCUGACAAGGCCACCGAUGGCGUCAUUGAUGGACACGUGGCCUGGCAGCUGUGGGGAACCUACGGCUUUCCUGUUGAUCUCACGAAGGUCAUGGCUGAGGAGCGCGGCUUGACCGUUGACGAGAAGACGUUUGAGGCCGCUCGCGAAGAGGCGGUCAAGGUCUCCCAAAUGGGCAAGAAGAUGGCCAUUGAGGGCAUCGACCUGGAUGUGCACGACCUGGACAAGCUCAAGGCGGACGGCAUCGCUGCCACCGACGAUUCGUUCAAGUACGACUAUGGCCUGGUCGGUGACAAUUCUUACGAGUUCAAGGAUUUGGAGGCCAAGGUUGUGGCUCUGCGCACCGAGUCGGGCUUUGUCGACUCAUUGGAUGGCAGCGAUGACUCUGUCAACGUUGGCGUCGUCCUGGACCGCACCAACUUUUACGCCGAACAGGGUGGCCAGACCUAUGACACGGGCUUCUUCCGGGACGCCAACGGUGAGCUUGACUUUACCGUCAUGGACGUCCAGAAGAAGGGCCCAUACUGCCUUCACAUUGGCGUGCUUUCCAACGGCACGCUCAAGGUUGGCGACACGCUGACACUGAGCUUUGACGUUGAACGUCGCCGCCCAUGCAUGAGCAACCACACGGCUACGCACGUCCUCAACUUUGCCCUGCGCAAGGUGCUGGGCGAGGCCGACCAGAAGGGUUCACUUGUUGAGCCUGAGCGCCUGCGCUUUGACUUUACCGCCAAGAAGGGCAUGACAAUCGAGCAGAUCCAGCAAACGGAAAAGCUUGUCAAUGAGGUUGUCAACGCCAAGAAGCCCGUGGAUGCCAUGGAUGCGCCCUUGGCAUCGGCCCGCGAGAUCAAUGGCCUUCGCGCCAUGUUUGGCGAGACCUACCCGGAUCCCGUGCGUGUGGUGUCUGUGGGCGCCAUUGUCAAGGACGUGCUGGAUGACCCCGUCUCGGAGGUGGCUCUGGCCAACUCAAUCGAGUUUUGCGGUGGCACGCACGUGAAGAACAGUGGUGACAUCGUGCAAUUUGCCAUUUUGAAUGAGGAGGCCAUCUCCAAGGGCAUUCGUCGCAUUGUCGCCGUCACUGGCAGCGAAGCUCGCAAGGCGCAAACCGAGGCCAACCGCCUGGAUGCCGAGGUGCGUGAUGACCUGACCAUGAAGGAGGUGGUGGCGCUGGAUACCGAGGUCAGCCAAGCUGCCAUUCCCGCCACACGCAAGGAUGCGAUUCGCUCCCGACUCAAAGCGCUGCACAAGAAGCACUCGGAUGUGCUGAAGGAGCGCCGUAAAGCCAUGGCGGGCAACGCUGAGAAGCGUGCGAAAGAACUGCUCGAGGAGGAAGCCAAGCCCGUUGUAGUGGAGGUGCUUGAGGUCGGCGCCAACGGCAAGGCCAUUGGUGAAGCCCUCAAGGUCCUCAAGGUCGGUCGCCCCGACACGGCCUUUAUGUUCUUCGGCGUUGAAGAGGGCGGUGUGGCCUUCAACUGCAUGGUGCCAGAGGCACUGGUGGCCAAGGGCCUCAAGGCUGGCGACUGGGUCAGCGAGGUGAACAAGGUCCUUGGUGGCCGUGGUGGCGGUCGCGACCUCGUCGCUCAAGGCUCGGCUGAUCAGGAUGGCAAGGUUAGUGCCACAUUCUGCCCGUACCGACAAUGGCCGAACCUGCUGUGCGUGUUGACUCUCACUCUGGCAUGCCCCUUGUUUGUCGCUAGGUCCCGGCUGCCGUUGCAGCGGCCGAGGCGUAUGCUGCUCAAUUCUCGCAGUAAAUUCAGCGCCUGCUCGACGGCACAAUUGGCCCGAGCUGCCUCGCAACGACUGUCCGCAUCCUGA